UCUCCUUUAUCCAUCUUCGGUCCGCCUCCCCCUCUCUCCUUAUUUAUUUCCGAAACCUCAACCUUCCCCAUUUCUGAUGAACGGUCUAGGCCCGACACGUCAGCUUUUGUGCUCCUAAGAUGCCGCUUGGCCUGCUGUGUACACCCAGCUCGACACCUUGUUGUCUCGGAUUCUUCAGCAUCUGCAGUUCUCCUCAUCGCGGAUGUUUUGACUGUUUGUUAACCCGGCAACCGGCAGUGCGCAUGUGCAUGGUGAAAUGCCGGCGUUCGUUUCGGGGUGGGAACUGACAGAGAGAGGGAGAAAAAAAAGGUGCCGCGGGGCACUGUGGGUUGCUUGACGGUUUGUUUCCCCAGCAACCGGCAGCGUCCUGCGCUUCGAGAGCGACGGUUAAACACUUCUGCCAGUCCAGAGAAAACAACCCGAGUUUGGCCAGCCUUUCCAUGUUCUGUGUUUUAGUAAGGUUACUGCUGUUUCAUCUGAACUCAAUUGGAUACUGGCCCGAUCUUUGUAAUCUGUGAGGAGGACAGUGUGGAACUUCAAAAGGACCUUGACAGUUACAGAUAAUUUAUUUUGAUGCAAAUGUCAACAAUGGGAGACGGCACAGAUCAAACAGAGUUUGAGGAUUACCAGGAACCUUUGAGAAGUGAAGGAGAAGAUAAACUGCAGAAAGGUGACGUGUUGCACGAUCAGAAAGGAGCACUUUCUCUGGAGACACAUGAACUCAACUCUGCAGAGCCUCAGGAGAAAGCCAAAGACUCAGAAUCGAGCUCAGUUAUUCCAGCAUUCACUUUGUCAGCAAUGGGAGAUGGGACAGUGCAAACGGAAUCUGAGGAUCACCAGGGAACUGAGCAGCUCCCCUGCAAUGAAGAAGCAAAGCCUGUGGGAAGUGAGGGAGAAAGUAAAUUGCAGACAGGUGAACAGCUGUGUGAUCCGGAAGGAAUGGAGAGACUGGAAAUACCUGAACCCAACUUCAGAAAAUCUCAGGAACAACCCAAGGAAGAAUACAGCUCGAUUAUUCCAGUAGUCAUGAUAUCAGCAAUGGGUGAUGAUACAGUGCAAACAGACACUGAGAAUCAUCAGGAAAACAAGCAGCUCUCAAGUCAUGAGGAAACCAAUCCUGUGAGAAGUGAAGAUGAAAGUAAACUGCAGAAAGGUAACUUGCUACAUAAUCAAGAGGGAAUGGACAGCUUAGAGAUACAUGAAUUGAACUCCAGAAAACCUCAGAAGAAAGGCAAGAAGAACUCAGGAUCCAGCUCAGUUGUUCCAGCAAUUGCCUUGUCAGCAAUGGGAGAUAGGACAGUGCAAACAGAGACUGAGGAUCCCCAGGUGGCUGAGCAAACCUACUUAAAUAAAGGAACAGUCCCAUUGAGAAGUGAAGGAGAAUGUAAACUGCAGAAAGGUGACCAGCUGCAUGAUCAGGAAGGAACUAAAAGUCCAGAGCUACAUGAACUGAACACCAGGAAACCUCAGGAAAAAGCCAGGAAGGACUCCGGACCCAGAAUGACAAAGCAGUUCCUACGACAGCACUGUAAGGAGCAGAAGCUCUACCAGACACCUUACCUGAAUGACACACUCUAUUUGCACUUUAAAGGCUUCUCCUGCAUUGAGAAUCUGGAGGAGUACACUGGCCUGAGGUGCCUGUGGCUGGAGAGUAAUGGAUUGUUACGGAUUGAGAACCUGGAUGCUCAGACUGAGCUGCGUUGCCUCUUCCUGCAUCAAAACCUCAUUCAUAAAAUAGAGAACUUGGAGCCACUGCAGAAGUUGGACUCUCUCAACCUGAGCAACAACUACAUCAAAAGCAUUGAGAAUCUCUCCUGCCUGCCAGCACUCAAAACACUGCAGCUGGCUCACAACCGUUUGAGCACAGUGAAAGACAUUGAACAUCUUAAACAGUGCCCUAGCCUGAGUGUCCUUGACCUCUCGCACAACAAACUGACUGACCCUGACAUCAUCACUGUCUUUGAGGUGAUGCCUGAUCUGCACGUGUUGAAUCUGAUGGGCAAUGAAGUCAUUAGGAAAAUCUCAAACUAUAGGAAGGUUGUGACUGUGCGCUUGCAUCAUCUGACCUACCUGGAUGACAGACCAGUUUUUCCAAAAGACAGGGCAUGUGCAGAAGCCUGGGCUCGAGGUGGGUGGAAAGCUGAGAAGGAAGAGCGAAUGCAGUGGGAAACGAGCGAGCGUAAGAAGAUUCAAGACAGUCUUGAUGCUUUAUCAGCGAUCAAGAGAAAAGCUGAGGAGAAACGUAGACUUCAAGAAAUGGAAGAAAGAGGUGAAAACUCAACUUCAGAGUCCAGUGAGGCUGAGAUAAUUCCCCAUUAUUCAAGUGCCAAAAGCCAGCAAAAGAUUGAAAAGUUUGUGAAUGAUGUAGUGAAAAUCCAGGAGGAGACCGUGAAAGACCGACAGCAAAAUGCUGGAAGAAAAUCUGAGAUGGCUACUGAGAACCUGCAAAAUGGAUCCAAUACAGAUAUAGUAGACCAAGCUACUUUACCAUUGAGUUUGGACAGAGGGGGUAAUGCUGAGUUUGUGCAGUCAGAAGAAGAGAUUUUCUCACCAUCACUGGAUACUUCUGACCAGUUGCGGAGCACAGUCUUCAACAGUGAUUUUGCAGAUUUAUCAUCAAACAAGGUGCCUGCUGAGAGGGUUCUAGUGACAGAACUGGUAAAGGCAAACACCAUAGACACCAUCUGCUUAGAAGAGGAGAGGAAAUUAUGUAUUGACGAUCUACCUGACCUGGAAGAUGUAGAUGUGAGUAACUCAUCAGAACCUGAACAGACCUCAAGCUGCAAGAUCUUUCGGCCAAAGAUUGAGAUCAUUGCUGCUGGAUGUGAUGAUAGUGAGUUAGACAUGGAGGAAGAUAUAGGAGUUCUCUUACAGGAGGUUCAAGAUGAAAUAAAUGAAGAAAGUUCAGAUAAUCAAAAAGAGAAUGAAUGUGGAGAUACAACUAGCCAAAAUAAACCAAUUGGAACUUUAGACGAAAAGUGUGCGAUACAACUAACUACUAGCACAACAGGAAGCUUGUUAACGAAUGAGAGAAAUGUAGAAAUAACAACACUUGAACCGAAUAUCAGCAGCACUCCACCAGGGACGCUUGAGGAAGACCAACCUACAAGAAUACUCAUAGAGGAAAUCUCCAGCCAAUCCGUAGCUGAGAGCACAAAGCAAAUUACAUCACUGAUUCAAGGAAAUUUCACUCGUUGUGGUCCAGAAGGCGAAAAAGUUGAAGAAGAAUUAGAAGUUUUGGAGCUUGAUCAGGUUCACACUGAAGACAUUGAGUUUGGCCUGGACUGAAGAGACCAAAUAUUUAAUUGGUGAUAUUAACCAGUGAGAAAAGACUCCAGUUUACGGGAGAUUUAUUUAACAGUUGUAACUGCUUUGGUAAAUUACUGUGUUUUAAGGUGUUCUAAAAUGUGCUGUUAAGUCUAUUUUUGACUUAUUAUUUCAAUAAAUUACUUUAUUCCUUUUA